AUGGACCCUUUGAAGAUGAGUGACGAUAAAGUUAAUAUGGCCCUUGAUGAUAUUAUCAAGCUCAAUAAAAGAAAGCGAAGUGGGCAGUCAAGCGGCAGGAACAAUGAUCGUGUGAGACAGGUCAAAGGCCGCACUUUUGUGGGCAAUCGCGGAAGAGGUGGUCUUGCGCAACGUCGAGGUGCUCGCUCUAACAUUGUUCAGAGACGAGGUGCUCGCUCGGAGCCCGUACAGCGUAGAGGUUCUCGCUCCGAUAGCGCAAGUGUAUCAGCCGUGAAUAAUGCUGCUACCAGACGUUUUGUGAAAAAUCUCGUCAACGUUCGUGCCGAUGCAGCGAUCGCCAGGGUUAAUGUUAGAUCACGCGGUAUUCGUAAGAGGGUUGUGGAGGUCCCUCGUGUAAUCGUAAGAAGACCGAGAAUCCGUGCUGCUGUGCAACGUCAGGUCGUGGAGGAAGAACCGGAACCUGUGGUAUAUCAGGCGGUACGCGUCGUUAAGCGUGAACCUCGCGCCGUUCGACCGGUGGCAGUAGUUCGUGCACGCCCGGUGAGGCAAGACUAUCGUAGACCUGAUCAACGUGCUGUAGGCUAUCGUAGACCUGACCAACGCGGUGUAGAUUUUCGUAGACCUGAUCAACGUGGUGUAGACUUCCGAAGACCUAGUCAACGUGGUUUACAAAAUGCACAAAAUGGUCGUGCACAGAUGUUGCCCGUGCGUCGGUUCGUACAACAACCAUCUGCGCAGUUGGCAGCUCCUCGCCAGCGAAGCCGUAUCUUCGUGCAGCAGCCGGUCCGGGCCAGCGGCGGUUUCGUGAGGCGUAAUCAAGUAUUUGCAAAUGGUGGUGGACGUCAGAAUCAACGUGCCUAA